AUGGAAUUGCCCUACACUGCAGGCCCAUCUAGGAAGAACCGCUACACCAAGGGCGCGGUUUCCCACCCAAAUUUUCAUUCCCUUGCUCCGCUCUUCAGCUUAGCACGAUUCCGUAUCUAUUUCUGUCUCAGCUAUGGAAUGUUGUCACACAUCGUGGAACAUGACGAGGUUGGUAUUAUGCGCCCCUUGCCGGAGCUAGAGAGAACACUAAUAAUGCAAUACAACACUUCUCACUCUGCUAUAUGGCUCAUCUAUGCUGCUUCGUUGCUGCUACUUUCAGAUGUUGUUUUUCUCUUGACACUCCUAGGAUUGAGGAAACUGCCAAUCGAGCACACAUUUACUGACAAGAUGCAUGGUGCCCAUACGUCGUUAGUUAGUAUUCUUCACAUAUCUUUAGCUGCAAGCCCGAACAGGCCCAAUCGAGUUGCAGGAUGCAGAGUUCUUUGGAACAUUUAUCAGCAGAUAUCAGCAGACGAUUUAGGCAACACUAACACUAACACCAAAGCCACCAAGCUGAGCGGAGCCGGCAGAUGCAAUAUCGAGGGGUUUUUGUUCGAGAUCCCUUUUGUUGAGGACAAGAUAGACAUUAGAAUGGCGAGCAUUGGAAGCAUGCAUGCGGCUCAUGCAAAAGAAAAUGAAAUCGCUUUGAGAUUUGUGAAUGGUGCCGCCAAUCUCUGCUCUGGUCUACUUUCUGCAGACAUGCAUGCACAUUUGUGGUACCCACUGCAUUCGGACUCGAGAAUCCAAAUUGGAAGUGCCACGUAUCACGAGAUUUACCUUUUCCCUCAAGUCCCGUCGCUUUCUGGAACAGAGGCUCUGCAGAAACUUGAGUCGUCAUGCACGGCUCUCUUUACCGAGUGGAGCUUCUUCGGCCAAUUGUUUUUGGAAAGAGAUCUGGCAGAAGCCUCGGGAAAGUCCUCAAGAUAUGGUGGCGUGGAGGCAUUGAGCGGAGGAAAUAAGAAAGUAGGUUUGGCGUUCUGGAAUUCGGAUAUUGAAAAUAACAGGAAUAAAUCUGAGGUUGGUGAUUAUGAGGUCUCCGACGAAUGGGAUAAGACCAUUGCAGGUGUUUGGAUUGAGAAGCGACCUUUUUGUUCUCUUAAGGUUGUAGCAGCUCGAGAUCUUACCGAUCUUCAUGACGUGCUCCAUCACGCCCGGGCAGGUGUCCUCUCAACUCCAACCCUAACUUGA